AUGCGGAGUGCUCCCAAGGUGACUGUCGUGCAUAGGACGUCGGAACAGGAAGUUCGCAGCUAUAGUGUCUCGCGCAGGGAGAGCGAUACCGUCUUCCUCGUCAACGAGCGGCGGCGCGCCGUCCUCGCAGAGAUAGACAGUGCUCGAUUCUCGUGGUUCCACUUGAAGGUCGCGUUUGUAUCUGGUGCUGGAUUCUUCACAGAUGCUUAUGACAUAUUUGCCAUCAACAUCGUCGCAGCCAUGAUGGGCUAUGUGUAUGGCUCAGGCAAGUCAGCGAUAUCGGACCUUAUCUUCGCAUUCAACCCAACUGUGAAUGGCCUCGCCGGUCAAUCACUGAGCGCUAUGGAACAGCUCGGUCUCAAGGUCGCUACUCCCGCGGGGAUCAUUGUUGGACAACUUCUUUUUGGCUGGUUGGGUGAUCUUCUGGGACGGAAGCGCAUCUACGGACUUGAAUUGAUGAUCAUGAUCAUCGGAACGUUCGGCCAAACUAUUUCCGCGCCCAGCAAUAGUGUCAAUGUAGUUGGUAUUCUCAUCGUGUGGAGAGUCUUCAUGGGCAUAGGGGUCGGGGGAGAUUACCCUUUAAGUGCAGUGAUCUCUUCUGAGUUCUCCUCAGUCCACAUUCGUGGCCGUAUCAUGACCGCCGUUUUUGCAAACCAGGGAUGGGGUCAACUUGCCGCUACGAUCACCUCCUGCGUGGUCGUCAGUGCAUAUAGAGAUAGCCUUCUCAACGAUGCACCCAAUAUCUUGAACAAUAUUGAUCAGAUGUGGCGUAUCAUCAUCGGGCUAGGUUGUGUACCAGCAGUCGUCGCUCUUUACUUCCGUCUAACCAUCCCAGAGACUCCCCGCUUUACUAUGGACAUUGAGCGAAACGUCCAGAAGGCUGCGCGUGACGUUGACGCAUUUCUCGCCACAGAGACGUACACCGUAUCUCCCGAUGCUGCCAUGCGUCGCCUGGAGACAAAGAGAGCCUCCAAGGAAGACUUCCGCUCAUAUUUUUCAAAGUGGAAGAACUUUAAGGUGCUCUUUGGGACUGCAUACUCCUGGUUCGCUCUUGAUAUUGCGGUCUACGGCCUUGGUCUGAAUUCAUCCAUCAUUCUCACAGCCAUCGGCUUUGGGUCGCCAAGCAAAGACUUGAUCGGAGCCGAAUCCAUCUUUGAGAACCUAAAAAACGUCUCCAUUGGUAAUCUAAUUCUCUCUGUCGCUGGGUUCGUACCUGGCUACUGGGUCGCAUUCCUUUUCAUCGAUCGCUGGGGAAGGAAGCCCAUACAGAUCAUGGGAUUCUCCUUGCUUUUCGUUCUGUUGGUAGCUAUGGGAUUUGCAUACAAGACACUCAUUUCUACAUCUAAGGGAACGAACGUGUUCGUCUUCCUAUAUUGUCUCACCAAUUUCUUCGAAAAUUUUGGCCCUAACACAACCACGUUCAUUAUCCCUGGUGAAGCUUUCCCGACGCGAUAUCGUUCUACGGCCCAUGGAAUCUCUGCCGCCAGCGGCAAAUUAGGCGCCGUGGUAGCACAAAUAGGAUUUCAAUGGCUCAAGGACAUUGGAGGCCCAAAUGCAUUCAUAGACCAUAUACUGCAAAUUUUUGGGUUUUUCAUGCUUACAGGGAUUAUAUCCACGCUCCUGAUCCCCGAGACGAACCAAAGAUCGCUGGAAUCUCUCUCGAACGAAAGGCAAGACAAUUUCUUCAAGGAGCCAGCGAAUGAGCAGACGAACAUACCAAAACAGCUUCCCCAUGCGUCCCAUCAAGCUGACCCCGCUGGAUACGAUUCACGAGCCGUUUGGGCCCGUGCUAGCCAGCUCCCUCAGCCCAAGGGCUACGAUCCCGUUGUCUACGAGCGUAUAGACGAGCUCGCAGAGGUUGGACUCAGCCUCUGCUUGCGGCCCAAUGGGCUGCGCGUACUCUCUCUAGUCCCAGGUUUCCUCGACAGCAUCGUUGGACAGCCGCUCGCGGAUGAUGCAGUGCGCCACCCUCUCGGAGAGGACACCGUGCUCUCUUCCACAGAGUACCUCGCACAGCUGCAGGGGGCGCCAGGCUUCAGCAUGAUUGGCGUGCGGCGCGCGCAGUUCAAUCGCAUGGUCGUCGAGGUCGCGCAGCGGCACGGGCGCGAGGAUGUAGUGGUCACGUUUGCGAACGGCACGACGGAUACGGCGAGCUUUGUUAUCGAGUGUGAUGGCCUGCAUAGCAAUACUCGCAUUUGCCUGUUUGGCCAGGAGCCGGUGGACUUUACGGGAUUGGUGCAGGUGCGUGGAGGCUCAAUUGACUAA